AUGCCCUCAAGGUGUUUGACAAAAGAUACUAAGGCUGUCAGCCUGCCUCCAACUUCACUGGUGCCGUCCGGUAAGUUAAGUCUUACUUCACUUUUCAUCUUCAUCAUAAGGCUUCCAAAAGGGGGAAUGGAGGGUGCUCAAGGAAAGUUUGGAGGACACCUCAGUAAGAUUCUGAAUAAUUCUACGUCGUUUUUCUUCACCAAUGUGGCGGACAAUCAGGAGAUAUCAGUGCUGUGGAAAUUUUUUCAAAAAUGGGGAACGGUAGUAGACGUGUUUAUUCCAAAAAAAUGUGAUAAGCAAGGACAGAGGUUUGGUUUCGUACGGUUUUCUGGCGUCUGUGAUGUGGUGGGUUUAGAAAGGAGUCUGAACUCUAUUGUUAUAGGAGCACGGAGGCUAAAGGUCAACCUCUCUCGUCACUCACGGAGGAAGACAAACCGAUGUCAUGUUGAUACUCGGGUGCAAAGUACAAGGCAACCUGGGCCUGGUGGAGCAAAGCUCAUUCAUGGAGCAUCGUAUGCGGAUAAAUUGAAAGGAACGAAGAGGUUUGACACUAGGGAGUUGAAGGACAAUAUCGAUGAGCCAGCUUUGGGGGGAAAACAGUGGGUGCGUAAAAAGGAACCGUGGGGUCAUCUUCAUUUCAAGGUUGAUGGUCAGGUAAUUGAGGAAUGCCAGCGAUCUUUGGUGGGUCGGCGUCAUCGUCAUAUUCAGUUGAACACGAUUCGUCAAGAGUUACUACAAGAGGGUCUCCUAGAUAUCAAGGUGACAACGAUGGGUGAUGAUAUGGUACUGGUGGAAUCGGAUGCGGAUGUUAAUCUUCAGGAUACGGUGUCAAUGUAUCAAAAGCUUUGGGAAAGGUGGUUUUAUGAGUUAGUCGAAUGGCAUCCAAGGAUGGUUUGUGUACGACGUGAGACAUGGGUACGUUGUUAUGGCAUCCCCCUUCACGCAUGGUCAAAUGAAUUUUUUUAUUAA